CUACACUCAAAUUAAUCCCAGGCGGUGAAAAUAUGAACCUUUCCCCCACCCUUGCAGCCACCCUUCGCCUCACGCCCCCAGAGAAGAGUUUCUCCAUCCGGCAACUGGUGAAGGCUUUUUUCCAAAUCACAUGAUCCAGGAUGCAGGGGGAAAAUCCUUGUUGGAACAGAGCUGGGUGCAGAAUCGAGGCAGAUGAGGAGAGAUAAGGUGUGAUGUGGAGCAGACUAUAUAAAGCAUGGAGCCAGGGCUGCAGCAAGCAGGCAGCCGUGGGGAGCCUUCCCCUGACCCAGCCAUGCACUUGCCGCCCAGCUCCGUAGCUGGUCCCUGGAGAAGCACAGGUCCCUGGAGAACUGCAAGCCGCAGCUACUUCUGCCUCAGCACCACGGCACUCGUGUGCCUUGUCGUUGCGGUGGCUAUCAUCCUGGUCCUGGUAGUCCAGAAGAAGGACUCCACUCCAAAAACAACUGACAAGGUUCCCCUUAAAGGAGGAAAUUGCUCAGAGGACCUCUUAUGUACACUGAAAAGGACUCCAUUCAAGAAAUCAUGGGCCUACCUCCAAGUUUCAAAACAUCUCAACAAUACCAAAUUGUCAUGGAAUCAAGAUGGUGCCAUUCAUGGAGUUGGAUACCAGGAUGGGAACCUGGUAGUCCAGUUCCCGGGCUGGUACUUUAUCAUUUGCCAACUGCAGUUUCUUGUGGAUUGCUCAAAUCAUUCGGUGGACCUGAAUGUGAAGCUCCUCAUCAAUGCCAAGGUCAAAAAGCAGGCACUGGUAACAGUGUGCGAGUCUGGAAUUCAAAAUAAGAGAAUCUACCAGAAUCUCUCCCAGUUCCUGCUGUAUUACUUACAGGUCAACUCUACCAUAUCAGUCAAAGUGGAUAAUUUCCAGUAUGUUGAUACAAACAUUUUUCCUCUUGAUAACGUGCUGUCCAUCUUCUUAUAUAGUAGUUCAGACUGAAUAGUUGCUGUUGACCUUUAUGAAAAUGCUGUCUACCAUAUAGUAGUACUUUAUCUGUCCAAACAUGGGCAAAAGAACACGUUACAACUUAAACUAAGCAUAUGAAUUAGUGUACUUCUGCUUCUGUCCUUUAUAAGGAUAUAGCCCCAAGGUUUAAAAAGAAGUCUUUCAGAAGGACAGCAAGGAAGAAAUGAGGUGUGUGGACAGAGACCGACAUGGGCACUAGAAGGGAUUGGGUUGACCCAGUCUAACUACUAAUUCACUGACCUUGAGCCAUUUUUUCUCCCCCUGAAACUCGGGGUCUGAAUCUGAAAAGGUAGAAGAUAGAAUUUACAUCUCUCCAAUGUUUCCUUCAUCUCCAAAGACUGGUGAGCUGAGAUUCUCAAGCAGAGGAAGACCUCACAAGACAUGAUGAAACUGAUGGUACCAGUAAUGUCUGCUUGUCAUCUCAGCAGGUCAUAGGACUUCCAUGCUGCCUUAUAGAAUGAUACUCCACCCUCUUGUAAUAGGCAAGAGAUCUUUUCUCUCACCAACAGAGUAGCUGUUGCCAUCUCCUGAAAUGCACAUGGUGGCAUUCUCUACUUCCAACACCUCUCAUUCCAUUCUCUGUGUGGUUUUUAACUCCCAGAAAAAGCUGUUGACAGACAAUGAGGAUCCUGAAAAUGUGGAGAACUUCUGGACAACAAACAUUAACAGCCUCUCCUGACCUGAGAGGCCACGAAGUUCCCCUGGCCUCAUCAAGCUUGGAAAUUUUACGGCAUUGUGGGAGACUUCUGACAUAUUAUUUGAGUGAUGUGUGGGUCCCUGGGAGUUAUACUUCAGUGAGGAAUACAAAUCUUGCCCAUGCUGUAUGUAAGGAUGGAGUAAAAUAGGAGCUUUUCUGGAGGAAAGGAAAAGAACAAAGUUUUUCAGAGAAAGGCUAGAAAAGAUUUAAAGGGAAAAGAAAAUCCAGCUGUUCUGAUGUGCCCAGAACACACACACACACACAAUGACAAAGAAGAGUGGCUAUGUUAACCUCUUAGGUCUCCUCCUCUAUAGUUACUGGAAAUGUAGUUGCAAUAGCAGGUCAAUUUACAGUGUUUUCUCAGAUUCAGUCAGGUGUGCAGGACACGUUGCUGGAGAAGAAGGAGACCUGUUGCAUUUGUGUUGUACUGAAAGGAGGGGCAAGUGAACCUUAGGUUAAAUCAACACAUGUGUUACUGAGAAGACACCUGUAACCUGAGUGGGAACUAAGCAAAUGCCCCCUCUAGAUUCAGAGUCACAGACUGUCCUCUGGGCAGAGGUGCCUGACGUUUGCACUGUGGUUUGAUCUUUUCCUAAUUACGGUCUCUGUCAAACUGUGCUCAGGAAGCCAAACACUGAAGACAGGAGGGCACUUCAUUUAAAAAGAAGUGCAAUGUGGCAAAGUGAAAAUGAAUAAUAGACAAUAAGUCAACUGGAAUGUAAAUAGGAAGUGGGAAAUCCAGGGAGUUUAAAACUAAAAUAUGAUACUUUUGAGGGUUAGCCAGCCCCCCCUCAGGACUUUCUGACAUAUCUGUAAUAAUUAGGUACUUUUCAUUGAUGUGACAGAGUACCUGAUAGACACAACUGAAAAAAAAAAAAAAAACAUGUGGCUCACACUUUGAGAACGGAUGGACUUCAGAAUGGCCAGAGGGCCAGGUAAUGAGAGUAUAGGAGGGUGGCCACAUUGCACCCACACUCAGAAAAUAGAGAGAGAUGGACUCUGGUUCUCAUCUUCAUUCCUCCUUUUUUCACCUAUUCGGUCUGAGAUCCUAGCCAAUAGACUAGUAUUGGCCACAUUCAUAUGGGUCUACCAUCCCUAGUUACAUCUCUCUAAGAGACACUAUCACAGAAACAGCCAGAGUGAGUGUCUCCUAGUAGAGUCUACAUCCUGUCAACUUGAUGAUGAAACAAAGAAUUAGCACCACACAUAUAAGUGAGCACAUUGUUUUUCUAACUGGAUAUUUAGGCUACCUAAGACUCAUGUUUGUUUAGUGGAAGUUCAGUAAGUUUACACACUAUGCACUCAUGAACUUGUGAAAAAUCAUGUGUAAAUAAAAUCAUGUAUAAGUUAA